AUGGAUUUCAUCACAGGGUUGCUGGAUGUGGAUGGGUACAGUAGUAUCAUGGUCGUGGUUGAUAGUUUCUCAAAGUAUGCUAUUUUUGUACCGUGCAAGGCACCGUGCAGAGCUGAGGACGUUGCCGACUACUUCUUCAGGAAUGUUGUGAAGUAUUGGGGUGUUCCAUUGAGUCAACAACCACUGACUCCUCAUACAGUUUUGAGUGGAUAUGUCGGGGACUGUCCGGAUGCAAAAGAUAGGUUGAAGGAGUGGCAAGAUCGAGUGGAUCAUGCGAGGCAUAACUUGGUCAAGGCCGUAGAAAGAAUGAAGCAUUAUGCAGACUUAGGGAGGAGCAAUGUGGAGUUCAAAGUUGGUGACAAGGUCUUCCUCAGGAUGGACCUAGUUCAGUUUAAGACACCCAAGGGGUUGAGUGCAUCACUUGGUCGUAGAUUUGACGGACCAUUCACAAUCGUAGGGCGGAUUGGGAAAGUUGCAUACAAGUUGAAGUUGCCAGCACAUCUUAGAGUCCACAAUGUUUUUCAUGUCAGCCAACUCCGUCUGUAUCAUCAGGAUAAAGAGGACAACAAUAGGAACAUACCAACACGAGGACCAACAUUUGUCAAGGAUAGGUCGGGACUAGAUGUGGAGGAAGUGAUCGCUAUAAAGGAGUGA